CCCUACUUUCGCUCAUUGCUAAUUGCCACACUUUAACACUAACCAGCUUCUUAGUUCCUGCUCUUUUACCUAACACCUAGAGAUAUUUACAUGUAUUAGUGGAUACGGCGUUUGCUGUUCUGGCCCCUGAAAAAAUACAUGUACACGUUUAUGCAGUAUUGACUUAUGCAACAGAAGACCUAUUGUCUGGCCUGUCCUGUACACCGUUCUUUUGGCUUUUGCCAGCUGACAGCGAGUGUCUUUAGGACUGUACGCUACAUCUCUGUAGGUACAUGAACUAUGAAUUGGUGCUAAAACAUCUGGUUUGUCUAAACGAGACCACACGGACUAGAUCGACACGACCUGGAACCAUGAAUUCACCUGAGGUCACUCUUACUCUUCUUCUGGAGAUGCUAAUAUCCCCACCCCCCUAUUCCCUCAGUGCAUCCUCUCUCCCUCUCCACCUCCGUCUCUCUUCUCUCCAAAGUCCGUCAUCAUCCCAUCAAACUGCAGCAGAUGGGAGGAGUGGCGUUCUUUCGGGGUAUCCUGUCGUGGGGAACAAGAGAGCCCUGGCAGAGAAAGGUCAGCGGGACGUCCAUUAUGAGUUGUCGGCCACUCGCCUUUUAUCUCUGCUACCUAUGGUUGAGGUAAGAAAGAGCAUAUCUUGCUUGUCCGUCUUUUCAUCUGGACAUGGUGUUUCUACAGGAUUAUCUGAUCUGUGUCAUAGCGGCCCCUCUACACCCAUCAAAAGUUCGACACUAUACCUUUUGCUUGUUUCUCUAUCAGUUUUCUCAAGCUAAGGAGUACCCGGGUUCCUCCUCCUGAGCCCGCGGCGCCUGGCUUGCCUCCCGCAUACCUCGGCUCCU